CUUGUCCGUCUAGUUCUGUUUUGGGGUUCUUAUCUACAUAAAUGACCAGUGUCCUGUAUUGUGCUGUAAACUGAGCAGAAUAAUCAUCAUCGUUCCUUUCGUGGUCCGUGUGAUAUGGAGUAUUUGGCAGCAAUAGAGAAAUCUCUAUUUCUUUUGGGUUGUGCAUACUUGUCAUGGAAGAUCAUUAGAUACAUAUGGGGCCUCGCGAAAAUAAAAAAGGAACCUAUAAAAGUUUUGGUAUCUGGUGCUGCAGGCCAAAUAGGUUAUGCUCUGGUUCCAUUGAUUGCUAGAGGGGCCAUGCUAGGUCCUGAUCAGCCGGUGAUCAUACACUUGCUUGAUAUUGAACCAGCAGUUCUGUCCUUGAAGGUUGUAACCAUGGAAUUGACUGAUGCAGCCUUUCCUCUUGUUAAAGGGAUUGUUUCUACUACAAAAGCUGCUGAAGCUUGCAAAGGUGUUAAAAUAGCAAUCAUGGUUGGUGGAUUCCCACGAAAGGAAGGAAUGGAGAGGAAGGAUGUAAUGUCCAGAAACGUAUCGAUUUAUAAAGGACAGGCUUCGGCUUUAAAGCGGUUCGCUGCCCCAGGCUGCAAGGUGCUGGUGGUUGCAAAUCCAGCCAACACCAAUGCACUGAUUUUGAGACAUUUUGCAUCACCUUCGAUCCCGGAGAAAAACAUCAGCUGCCUCACAAGACUUGAUCACAACAGGGCUCUAGGUCAGAUUUCAGAGAGGCUAAAAGUCCAUGUUGGGGAUGUAAAGAACGUGAUCAUUUGGGGGAAUCAUUCCUCAACUCAGUAUCCAGACGCCAAUCACGCGACUGUAAACACUGGCAAGGGGUGGAAGCCUGUGAGAGAAGUUGUGUCUGAUGAUCAAUGGCUGAAUACGGAGUUCAUCACGACAGUGCAGCAGCGUGGAGCAGAAAUCAUUAAAGCCAGAAAGCUGUCCAGUGCGCUAUCUGCCGCAAGCGCUGCUUGUGAUCAGAUCCAUGACUGGGUUCUUGGAACUCCAAAGGGGACUUGGGUAUCCAUGGGAGUUUGCUCGGAUGGAUCUUAUGGCAUCCCACCUGGCCUAAUAUACUCUUUUCCCGUAACCUCUAAGAAAGGAGAAUGGUCAAUCGUGCAAGGUUUGGAGAUUGAUGCAUUUUCGAAGGCAAAGAUGGAAGCAAGUGCAAAAGAAUUGAUCGAGGAAAAAGAAUUGGCAUAUUCGUGUCUCAAUUGAAUACUAAAAUUUAAGCUGUACUAAAUUCAUAAACCAUCAUCAAGUGUUGGAAAUGAGAUACCUUUCCAAUCUAUUUGGAUAAAUGUUUGCCAUGUCCAAUUAUAUAUUUC